AUGAGCGAAAGAAUCAGCCAGCAAAAGUUUCGACUGUCUUGUGAUGCGUGUCGGGAACACCCCGUUUGCGCCCGUUGUGCCGCCGCCGACCGUCGGUGCGUUUACUCGUCGCAGCAGCGGAUAGGAAGACCUCGUACUCGGCAUACGCGCAAUCCUCCUACUUCUCGGAGCGAUCAGGUGGGGUCGCAGCUUCACCCUGCUAUACGUCGAUCUCGAAGCCCAAGUAAGGAACUUCAAGUGGAAAGCAGCACACAACCCACCUCGGUGACUAUACCUCGUUGCGAGUCGUUGUCAAGGCAUUUCGGAGAGGCUUGUCGGUGCCAAGUUGGAAAUAAUGUACCACCGGCAACGGAAUCUUGUCAAUCUAGUAGUGCGCAGAGCUUGCCGUUUUCCUCCGGAACGACACAAAACAUCGCCCCCUUCUUGGGAAUUUGUAAUGCGGAAUUCAAUCACUGUGCUUGUUUGUCCGUUCUGUAUCUGCUUUUAGAGCGAUUGCGCAUGAAGUCGCAACUAAUAGCACCCGACGAUUUAUAUCUUAUCCGCGAUUCCUUGGAGAAGCUGACUGCCGUCAUCUACUGUGAAAAGUGUCCGCAGCGCUAUUUCUCUAUCAUUCAGAAUGCGGUAAUCUUAGGUGUGGUCUGUCUGUGUAUUGCGGAAUCCUACGCCAGAAUUUUGGAGGCGAUUGAUAGGGAGGAAGCUCGGGCAUCCAGAACUGGCGAACAAAAACUUGUUAACAUUUUUAUGAUAGCUGGUGGUCUUCUGUCAGGACAGGGUGAUCCGGAGAGUUCUUAUCCUUUCUCUGCGGAAAUGAGUCCGGCUGAAUGGAAGGUCUUGAUGCGAAGACUUGUGAAGGCGGAGGUUCUUGGUAUAGAAGGUCGACGAGAUAAAUGCUUUCUUGCUUUGAUUGAACAAUUGGAUGAGAGGCAGAGACGGUGGCAUGAAACACCUCCCGCGCCAGAUUGUCCUCCUGGCUAUCGCUCGACGUGCCGCUUUCCGGAUCGCAUCCCAACCUGCCUGAAGCUGAUUGAUGAUGCCAGAAAGCUUGUUGAUCUUCUUGAUAUAUAG